AUGAUAACCAAGGUUUCUUUUUUUCCUCUCUCUCUAUAUAUACACAUAUCGGCACUUGCGCUCUCUCUCAGUUACUCUUGCAGCCGCUCUCGCACAGCCUCCAGUCUAUCGCCGGUUCGGGAUUUGCUCAGUGGAAUUGAAAUGGAAGAAGUUAAAUUUGAUCACGAAUCAAAAGAGAAGAUUUUUGAGAUUUUUAAAGAGUUCAUGGCUAGUGUUGCCAAGCUCGAUGAAUUGGGGACACAAGGAAGCCAGUUGCUAUCUGGCCUUAAACAAGGGCUUGUGAUUUGUACUCUUGCAGAGCUUCUUCGACGACCUUCAAUAAAUGGAACAUCAAAGUUGAUUGAGAAUGUCAUUGAAACGAGUAAUACGGAGAAUCUUAGAGCAUACAUUGAAGCUGGAUGCAUCAAUACUCAUGAUGGCGCACAAAGUACAAAAAAAUUACAUACAUGUCGGGUUGGACUGGAUGAUCAUUUGAAAAAAGCAAGGAGCCUAAUCGACGAACUCGAGCGCCUACAUAAUGAUGUAAAUAUUGAACUGGAGACUGAAAAUCCCCUGUGCACUUCAACAAUGUCAGAUGAAGAUCUAGAAUUGGAUGAAGAAGAAGCAACUGUCCCUAGUAAGAAACUUGAUGCUAAUGAUUAUGCUUUAUUAAUGGGGAUAGUCAAAGUUAUGAUCAAGAAAAACCACAUAAUGCAGGAGAAGAUUAUUUCGGGUUUAAGUCUCAAAUCAUCCUCUGGAGAACUCGAAACAUAUUGCCUAAUGUGGUCGUUACAACCGUAUAUAGACGAUGGAAUUAUGAGUUGGGCUUGGAAGCUUGUUUGAUGAGUUACUAUUGCUGCAGUUAAUCUUUUAAGCCAAAAUUUUGGUAGUUUAGGGGAGUUUGGAGUUUUCUUUUGGAUCAAUGUCAUCUCCAGGAGCAUUAAAAUCUUUAAGUUGAACUGUUCGAUUAAUCUAUGAAUUUCUUUUUAGAUUAAAUGAUGAUAUUUUUAUUCUCUCCAAUUUUGUAUGAGUGAAUAUUCCAUGUAAACGUAUUUGAAGGCAUCUAAUGUAAGUUCAAUGUUUUGUAUUUUAGAAA